GGUCAAUAGUUGUCCGUCUUCUUGAUAUUAUUUAUUAUUAUUUAAUUACUUAUCUAGACUAGAUAUAAAUAAACAAUAAAAGUUAACAGGUAUUAUUUAUUCAUAAUUUUUGUAGAAGUGUUUAUGUGCACAUUCUAACUGAUAACCUUCCGAAGUAAAUACAAUGUUAUGGUAAAUAUUGUGUGAGUGCCAAAAAACAGAGAAAUGGCGAAUUCAGUUAAUAUUUCUAUUGAGGCACCAAUAGAGAAUCAAAUCCAGGAGAUUACUUAUGAUGGCCAGGAAAUAUAUCAAGCACCUCUGUCUAUGUCAGAGAAUCUCGCCCGGCUAGCACAAAAGAUUGAUUUCUCAAAGACUGAAGAUGAAUUCUGCAAUAUCAAGAAGGAAGGUGAAAGUAGUUCUGAUUCAAAGUCUGAGGAUGAGAACAAGGAGCCAGGGUAUCAGUCGAGCUUAUGGCCUUGGGACUCAGUGCGUAACAAACUCAGGAAUGCACUCACUGAAGUCUGUGUGCUGGCUGAUGUACUCAGUAUUGCCAAGGAGAAGAGAUACAUGGUAUUAGACCCAGUUCAACCAGAACAAGUGGAAGGCAGGCCCAUGGUCCAAGUUUAUGGCAGGAAGAAAGCCCUAGCAGCUGCAGCAGCAGUACUCUUGGCUGGAGUUGAUCGUCUCCGGGCCAGUGAGUCCAUGAGAAUGACCAGGAACAUGCCAGACUUCCACAUAGACCUGCUGAGACUAAGACAAAACUGGAGGCUGAAGAAAGUGUCCAACACCAUUGUUGGGGAUUUGAGUUACCGCACUGCUGGCUCUAAGUUCAGUCAGACUGGAGUUUUUGAGGUAACAAAAGCCCCAGAGGAACAAAUAGCUCAAGCCAUGAGCGCGGCGGGCCCGGUGCCGUCGGCAUUACGCGUCACUGUCCCACCUGAGCUGCAGGGCGUCGCUUUCAUAUCAGUUCUUUGCCAAAAAGAGCAAGAAGACGUAGUAACAGCAACUCUCAGCUCAGCAGCCAUCAAUUGUCCUGGUACACUCCCAGGAGACGGAGCUGAACUCCACUGGCAACAGAAACUGGAAGCUGCUCAGAAUGUACUCUUCUGUAAGGAGUUGUUCGCGAGGCUAGCUGCUGAGGCUGUCCAGCUUGAUGCUUCAAUACCGCAUAUGGUUGUGGGCAAUCAGAUUAUGGCUACUGUUCUACCUGGGAUUCAACUGUUGAUUGGACUAUGCCAUAACAAUGGUCAGAAUAAUAACAAUGCCAAUCCAGAAGGAGUGAAGCCUGAAAGUGCGACAGGCAAAUCAGAUCACGACCACGUUCUGGAACAUUCGUUGCACCAGCUGCUGCGUGCCGUACACCACGCUAACACUCAUCACCCCUUCCCGCACCCGGCUACGGGACCACUUGGACCUUCUAAACGACGCUGUUUAGCAGGUCCUAUGGCAGCUGAUCGUUAUGAAUUACUCGAUAUGAGUAAGGAACAGUCUUUGUUAGAGCAAAUCAUUCAGCAAGCACAACAUUUCUUUAUGAGGAGACGCAGUGAAUAUGUACUUGAUACUAUUGCUAAAGAGGUCAAAGACCCGCUGAUCGUGUCGCACUGGAAUGCUCUAAACAGCCCCACACAAUCAUGUGUGAAAAUCAAUAUUAUGGCUUAUGGGUAUGACGCUGUAUGCAGAACAUCCCUAGUGGUACAUGUAGGUGAGAAGACCCUCAAAUGUAUUUGCCGUGACGGCAAAGUGAGACAUCUGUCUUAUGAACUUCAGGAGCUAAGGGAUCUCAUAUACUGUCAGAUAUAUCAGCAUCAGAUGACCGCAGUGCAGGCUGUAGGCCGAUGCAUGGGCUGGCAACUCCUGGCUAGCAGCUCACACUUGGGAUCGGGACCAGUUGAACCUCUUGGGAAUGCUUCCUCAUGUCUACUUGCCUCUCCAAAUGGUGACAGAAUGUUAGCAAUAAGAUGUGAGCCGUCAGUUGGUAUUCAAGUAUUCAUAGCUCAAUCUCCCAGAAAAGACUUCUUUACCAGUGAGCUUGUUCAAGAUAAGAAGUGGGAGCAUCUCGGAGGAGCUUUCAAAGAAAUUAAAUUAGAGAAAAUGGAAGGCAAGAACUUCUUGAACAAAAUGGAGCUUCUGAUGGCGUGUCUUAGCAGCCCUUCUUAAUUAUUUACUUGAAACUAGUUUUAAGAAUACAUUUUGUGAUGUCAUUUUGUAUGGACAUAAUAAAAAUCAAACUGAAUUAUA